AUGGCUCAGGAACAGUCCGUCAUCCAUCCCAGUACCUCCUCCAAGACCGGCUCCUUCUACUUUGCCUUUGGAAGCAAUCUGUCGCCCUACCAGAUGUCCAUCAGGCUGAAGCACAGCCCCUCAUCAAGUGUGCCGGUGGCCAUUGCACGCCUGGACAGCCACGCCUGGAUCAUCUGUCAGCGCGGAUACGCCAACGUAGUGUCUCUACCGCCCUCGAACGCCGCAUCAGACGACAACACAGUAUGGGGUGUGAUAUACAACCUGGACCCGGUCGACGAAGCCAGGUUGGACAUGUAUGAAGGACACAACGAAGCGCGAAACCCAACUCCAGAAAUUAACCCCGACCCGGAGACCCAGCACAUUAAACGGUAUCUGCAAGGCGGCUGGGACUAUAAUAAGCAAUAUUUGCCUGUGACAGUGACCAAAUGGCUGCGAGAUCCCAACGAGUAUGGUGUCAGUGUGCCGGACUGGGAUGGUCCUGGUCUUCACAACACCACUAUCCGUGCCUUGGUGUAUGUUGAUGAGUUCCGCACCAGCCCUGGCAAGAUAGCCAAAGAGUAUAUUGGCCGGAUGAACCGGGCAAUCGAUGAAUCCGUGAAGCUAGGGCUACCCCAGUCUUGGGUUGACCAUGUCAUGCGCAAGUUCAUCCCGCCCGGCAUCUAUGUGGACAAGGACGGCUACGUUGGUGCCGACGAAGGCUAUGUUGAGGCGGAAGCUACUGAGGCUGAUGAUCAUAUCAAAGAGAGCACUUUGAAGGACUCAACAUGA